AUGGACUCCAGAGCGCGCACAUUUAACAACGACCCUGAUCUCCGCCUCCUCAUCAUGCAGCCAGGUGUGUUCUCAUGCAUAGUAUGGCCACCAAAUCCGCUCCCCCCUCAUAUCUACAGCGCUGGCUAUGGCAACGAAACGGUAGGUGGAGGCCACAGAUAUCCCAACUGGGUAGGCCGUGACUUGGUCCAUCCAAUUUUCCGAUCAAUGUUGCUGCCCUUCGGUAAUCAUGACUACGUCAGUGAGAGCCGCGACAUGCAUAUUGCGUACCCGCAACUAUACCACGCUCUACAGCUUGCCACGAGAUUUAUCUCGAAUCGAGACUCGUUGGUCCUAUUCCAUCGUUUGCUCUUUGAGCAGCCUGAGAAGUUGACACGAGAGUCUGCAUUUUAUGGCGCGGAUAUUUUCCACUUCCCAAAACAGAAGGACAGCAGAGACGGCAGUGGGAGCUCUGGGCUGACCGAGCAGCAGCGACAUCUCAUUUGGCAGCUCAAAGCACGAUUCAAGCACCUGGCACAUAGCAAGCGCGUGCCCACCCAAGAUGUCAACCGAGUAUAUCAAACACGCUUGCAUAAACUACACACAGAUUCUUACCAGCACUCCAGCAUAGCUCUCCAUAUGCGCCAAACAGGCCAAAGCACCCUCCCAUAUCCCCUGCCCUACCUUCAGCCGCUAGCUCCCACGCCUGCCAGCCUCUCCGCCGUAGGCGAGAGCGCCCAUGGUUCCGUCAUGACCAGUAAGGACCACAGUCUGAUUCACACACGGAACAUAUCGCUGAAUGAGCGGUUUGGUGUGUUUACUAACGACACCAGCAAGCCUCUUCCUCAUCUGCGCGGUACCAACGUAGCCAUAACACUCAACCCACUCUUCCUCCGCUACCUUCACCAGGACACCUACCCUAAGAUCGGCUACCAUGCCAAAGUCUACGUCUUGUUCUUCCUUGCGGUCACGUUGGUACAUGAGCUCGCGCACGCGGUGUGGAUGUGUCGGACUGCUCCUGCCACGGAGGAUGAGAAGGACAUCGAUGACAACAACCGCACACAGAAGAACAAGAAGAAACGCGAACACGAACCCUUCAUCAAUACUGACCGUAAGUCCGAGCUCGGUAAAGCCUGGGAGACGUCCGUCUUCGGCGGCUUCGGUUUUAUUGAACCCUUGGCCAGCUCGGGGGCGCAAGUGAAGCGGCGACGAGUUGGGGCGAUCUGUUCAUGA